AUGGCCACCCUCCGCGUUCUCUCGUUCGAUGCUGAGGGCCACCCGAUUCAUUUCGACACCUGGCUCGAUGACCUGCAGUUGUUCUUGAUGAGCGAUAGCAAAGACAAUGUCUCUCUCUAUGACCACACGUCUGGCGCCUCCGUUGCUCUUGCUGCCACAGCUGAACUUAGCGUUCGUUCCCAGUGGCAGACUCGUGACGCUGCUGCCCGCCUAGCCGUUUGCAAUCACCUACCACUAGACGAACUCACGCACUUUAGCGAGCAAAAAACCGCUAAGGCCCUGUACGAUGCUAUAGUUGCUCGAUACUCCUCCCCUGCCACUGCUGAGCUAAGUCGCUUCAUGCUGCCCUACCUGUUUCCUGAGCUGUCCACCUUUGCCACAGUUGCCGAUCUCAUCACCCACCUUGGCACUAGCGAUACUCGCCUUCGCGCUGCCCUCCCCAGAGACAUCUGUACUAAGAACCCGCCUCCGAUGUACUGGACCCUCCACUUCAUAGUCACCCAUCUCCCUGACUCUCUUAGCUCGGUCAGGGACCACUUUCUCGCUCGCUGUCCCACCGACCUCACUGUUGACCUCCUAGAGGAGCGCCUCCUCGCAGCAGAGAAGAGCAUAGUCGCUGUAGGUGCUGCUCGUGGCGCUCCUCGCACCCCCAUCUUUGAGGGGUGCUCUCCCUCUCCCCUCGCCCCCUCAUUCGCUACUGCUGCUACCGUUGACAUCCUUGGUGCUGAGUCUGCUGGUGUUGCUUCUGCUCCUGGUGGGAGGUGCCGCAACGGCAAGGGAAAGGGAGCCGAGGGUAGCGGAGGUGGCACCGGGGGCGGGGGUGGAGGUGGAGGAGGUGGAGGAGGAGGAGGUGGCGGAGGGGCUGGUGGCGGGAGUGCUGGAUGGAGUGGUAGCGACGGUAGUGGCGGUGGAGGAGGUGGCGACGGUGGGGGUGGCAGCGGAGGAGGUGGUGGUGGCGGCGGUGGCGGCCGGGGCGGUGGUGGCGGCGGCGAUGGCGGGCGGGGUGGAGGCACUGGCGCUGGCCAGAGCCAGUAG